AUGCCCACCUCAAACUCGGAUACAUCAUCGGACGCAGUUGCUUGUGAUUUGGAUGAGUUAAUGGUCGAGAUUGAGGAGAUUAUUGAAAGACCUUCGAGUCACCCAUCCCCUCCUCAAAGAGCAGUGACAAGUAAAAUUGAGGAGAUUCCACGAAAUGUGUCAUCUUCGCCAAUUAUGGGGUCUGCCACUCAUCCACAAAGAAAUAGCAAGAAUAAUUUGUAUGCUAAUUUGAAUAAUCAUGUAAAUUAUCCACCCGCCCAACCUCAAACACUCACAAGUGCUGCUUCAUUCAAGAGACCACAUCAUUUGAAUCAGUUUGUUCAACAUUCUCCGACAAAUAGAAAAAUUAAUGAUCAUCAUGAGUUAGACAAGAUUAUGAACGAGUUAUUAGAAGAGCCAAUAUCUCCUCUGGUGAAGAAAAAGAAUUCAUUUUCCAAAGUUAAUGCAUUUCAGGUCCUUUCUCCGAGUAAUGGUGGAACUCAUCAAAACUCAGCACAAAAGAUCAGCUCCUCUGCAAUAACGACUCAUAAUAAUAUUGGACAUUUCCACACAACCUCACAUCACGACACUAGUAGCGGUAUUGCGUCAACACCAAGAAAAUGUUCAGCUGCCUUCAUUGGAAAUAGCUCAGAUGGUUUAGGUAUCAAUACGUACAUGUCUUUUAAAAGAUGUGAUGACUUGCGAUGCAUGAAAUGUGAUUUCAAAGUCAUCAUCUUUGAUGGUAAGAAGUGGAAAUCUGAUGUGAACUAUCUGUUUUUCAGAAAUAACUAUCCAGAUACUGUUAAAAAAGGGUUUGAAGAAAAGGACUUUCCAGAUUAUUCGAGCUACUGUUGUCAAUGCACCUGGAUAUCUGUGAAUGAGAGAAUGAAUUUGAAAAACAUACCAUCAAUUCACUGGUAUUGUGGAGGCCACAAGUAA